CCCGUCUCUGUGGCGGACAGUUUGAACACCCACGCUGGGAUAACCUUUACAUAAACCGGGGGCGUCGCUUCUCACAAUAGUCAACUCGCACUCCAGACUGUUUACUUUCUGCGCCAGCGCUGAAUUAGCGUCCAGCAGCUGAGAUAAACCCAGCCGGAGCUCAGCCAAGUCUUCGUCCACCAGCUCGCAGACCUGACUCAGGGCAGACCUGGCCAUUGUCUCCAUGAUGGCGGACAGCUGCGAGUGAAAAGAGCGGCGGCUCGCCAUUGUUAGUGCCGACCGUCACAACCUCCUUCAACAGCUAAAGAAAGAAAAGUAUGAACACAACUCAAGAAGCUACACUGCAGCGUUUAGCUGCACACUGAAGCUAAUGAAGCUAAUUUGAGCUAACGGUUCUCUUGUAGAGCGGGACCUAAAUACACGGUGCAACCGUGACGCGUUUCCGGCGGAUGCAACCGGUCAGCUGCUUGUUAUUACGAGAAUUCCUGGUUCCCCAGUGAAACAGAUGUGUUGUUUUUCUCUGAACGAAUGGUCAUUCAGGACUGCUUUCUCCGCGACUUCAACGUAGACCUCAGUAGACGGGACCCGGUGCGAUCGCAGCUGCGAACAUGAACACGGAGAAGGACUUCGCGCCUCUGACGCCCAACAUCGUCAGGGCUCUGAAUGAUAAACUGUACGAGAAGAGGAAAGUCGCGGCUCUGGAAAUAGAGAAACUGGUGCGGGAGUUUGUGGCUCAGAACAACUCCACUCAAAUCAGACAUGUCAUCCAGAUCCUGGCCUCGGAGUUUGCGCUUUCCCAGCACCCCCACAGCCGGAAGGGGGGCCUCAUUGGACUGGCUGCUUGCUCCAUCGCCCUCGGCAAGGACUCCGGACUGUACCUGAAGGAGCUUAUUGAGCCUGUGCUCACAUGCUUUAAUGACUCAGACAGCCGCUUGCGCUACUAUGCCUGCGAGGCCCUCUAUAAUAUAGUGAAGGUGGCCAGGGGAGCCGUGCUGCCCCACUUCAACCUGCUCUUUGACGGUCUCAGCAAGCUCGCAGCAGACCCAGACCCCAACGUGAAAAGCGGGUCUGAGCUCCUGGACAGACUCCUGAAAGACAUUGUGACAGAAAGCAAUAAGUUUGACCUCGUGGCGUUCGUCCCCCUGCUCAGAGAGAGAAUCUACUCCAAUAAUCAAUACGCUCGGCAGUUUAUUAUUUCCUGGAUCCACGUCCUGGAGUCGGUGCCGGACAUCAACCUGUUGGACUACCUCCCCGAGAUCCUGGACGGGCUCUUCCAGAUCCUGGGAGACAACAGCAAGGAGAUCCGCAGAACGUGUGAGGUGGUGCUCGGAGAGUUUCUGAAGGAGAUUAAGAAGACCCCCUCCAGUGUGAAGUUUGCCGAGAUGGCCAACAUCCUGGUCAUCCACUGCCAGGUUGCAGAUGAAACCAAGCUCACAAACGACCUGAUCCAGCUGACGGCCAUGACCUGGAUGAGAGAGUUUAUCCAGCUUGCGGGCAGAGCGGUUCUCCCCUACUCCUCUGGCAUCCUAACUGCAGUGCUGCCUUGCCUUUCCUACGAUGACCGGAAGAAGAACACCAAAGAAGCGGCCAGUGCCUGUAAUCACAGUCUGAUGAAGCUGGUGACUCCCGAGGAUGACGAGGAAGAGGAUGAGGAGAAAAGUGGGAGUCCAGGGUCGCCGUCCAAAGAAGACGGGCAGCCCAAGACAGAGGCAGACGGCAAUGACAUGCUGAAUGCGUCACAAGAGUCUGUUGGUUUCAGUAACAUCAGCUUCUUCACUCCAGCCAGUGCCGACAGGCCUCAGGUAACGCUGGACCUGGACGGUAUUGUUCAGGUGCUGGACCGGCACCUCCACGACUCCUCUACCGGCAUGAUGACCCGCAUAGCUGUGCUCAAAUGGCUCUACCACCUCUACAUCAAGACACCACGCAAAAUGUUCUGCCACACCGACGGCCUGUUUCCCAUGCUGCUGAAAACGCUGUCGGACGAGUCGGACGAGGUGAUACUGAAGGAUCUGGAGGUGUUGGCCGAGAUAGCGUCAUCUCCUGCUGGCCAAAUGGACCAAGUCGGCUCCUGCGACAGCACGGACCACAAGAUGGAGCUCAAGGUCCCAGAGAGCGCCAAGACAGUGGACUCGUCCCCGUCCACUCCUAGCAUGAACUCCUAUUUUUACAAGUUCAUGAUCAACCUGCUGAAACGCUUCAGCCUGGAGCGGAAGCUUCUGGAGAACAGAGGUGCUUUCAUCAUCAGGCAGCUCUGCCUGUUGCUUCACGCGGAGAAUAUCUUCCACUCCAUGGCGGACAUCUUGCUGAAGGAGGAGGACCUCAAAUUUGCCUCCACCAUGGUGCAGACGCUCAACACAAUCCUGCUCACCUCGGCCGAGCUCUUCCAGCUGCGCAACCAGCUGAAAGACCUGCGCACUCAGGAGAGCUGCGCUCUGUUUUGCUGCCUGUAUCGCUCGUGGUGCCACAACCCCGUGGCCACCGUGUCGCUCUGUUUCCUCACGCAGAACUACAAACACGCCUACGAUCUCAUCCAGAAGUUCGGAGACCUGGAGGUGACGGUAGACUUCCUGAUGGAGGUUGACAAGCUGGUGCAGCUCAUCGAAAGCCCCAUUUUCACCUACCUGCGCCUGCAGCUGCUAGACGUGGAGAACAACCCCUACCUGAUAAAGGCGCUGUACGGCCUGCUGAUGCUGCUGCCACAGAGCCAGGCCUUCCAGCUGCUCUCCCACCGCCUGCGGUGCGUCCCCAACCCGGAGCUCAUGAGGACCGUGGACGAGUCCAAGUACAUGGACUCGAAGCAGCAAGUCUCCAAACGUGCCUCUCACUCUCAGGUGGAUUACAACGAGCUGCUCCAGCAUUUUGACCGUGUUCAGAGCAAACACCUGGAGGUCCGACACCAACGCUCUGGACGGGCCUCCGAUCACCCCGACAGGAAGCUGAUGUGAAGUUAAUCUGUCUCUAUAUAAAAAAAGAUUACGAAGUUACUGUUGAAGCCAAAAAGUAUCUAAUGUGAUUAUAAACUUAUCAGAUCACUGGAUAGUCAGGAAACAAUGAUUUGUUUGUAAUUUGAGAAUGUUGUGUAAAAUACAGGGAAGAAACCAUUUUAAACAGAAAAGACAUUUAAUACACGUCAGACUAUUCACAUGCUAAUUAAUAGAAACUACUUUCUGUGAUGAUUUGAAGAAUGUACAUACAAUCUCAUACAUCAUAACUGGUGGUGAUGAUGAUAUGACCAUAUCCUGAGUUUCCAUCAUGCCCCAGCAGCAGCUGAGAUUUGUUUUUACUGUUAAAUGUUCAGUGCUUCAGGUGAAUCUGAUACAUUUCAGUGUUAAAGGACACAUGUUGUCAUUUAAUGUCCACGUGAACCACAGUAUUUUCAUGAGUCAUGCUAAGCAGUGUGAGUGGAGCGCAUAUUCAGGGUUGCCUUAAUCUCUUGUCAGCCAGAAAAGAAAUGUCACGUGAAGCGUAUUGACCCGGCUCAACUAAGACUUUAAACUCUGGAAGCCAUGGAGGAUUGAACUCUUGCAUUGAUUCUGUCGGACCAUGUUGUUGCGUCUCAUUUCUUUGUUAGCGGAUCAGAAAUGUCACCUUACACACCUUCAGCUUUUAAUUCCAUUUAUUAUUAUUCAGUAAAUAUGUGUUUCUCCUUGUGCAGUUUGUCUUGCAUCCUUGAAUAGAUGCACACUUGUUAUUGUUGUAUGAAAAUCAAUAAAGUGGACCAUGCGAUUAAAGAUGUAUUGUUUUUUCCCUCAUCCAUAUUCACAACUUGUCAGAAGUACUGGUUACACAUGUGAGGGCAGAAGACGGGAGCAGACACAUUCGUGACGCCAUUAAUGGCCUUUUUCCUAUCUGUUACAUCCUGCAGCUUUUUGACUUAUUAUACAUCCAGCUCCAAAUGUCCAUUAUUAAAUCAAAUUGACUCUAGAUUGUGUAAAUGCACUCGGUUAACUUUGCCUACAGGUUUUUAUUGUGAUCAUGAACUUGCAACACAGACGGGACUCUAAUGAAGAAAAUGAACGUUCACAAUGAAUUGCAUUGAAGAGGAUCUGCUUUAGAAUAUGACAAACAGUUUAAAUGCUUUUUAAACCAUAAAAUAUUCCAUGCAAAAUGUGAAUGGUAGACAAUUACAUAUAUGUAAAUUAAAAGGAAUUGUAUUUUAGAUUUGCAGUUACAGUAACUGCAAAUUUCCCUUGAGGAAACAGCAUAAAAAUAAGUUGCCUGCCUUUAAUUAACUUGC